AUGGAAGAAAAUGUAGCAUUAGAUUCAAAUAAACAAAAACAAUUCGUAAAGUCUUUAAAAGGACUUAAGAAAUUGAUGAAGAAAGCUGGGGCCGGAAAAGAAAAGCCAGAUAAAAAAGGAAAAGUGGAGAAAGAAGAAAAACGAGAGGGGGUGAAAUUAAAACAUGGAAAGGUUACAAAGAAAAAAUUGAAACCUAGGGGUUUGGUUUAUUUAUCUCAUAUCCCACAUGGAUUUUACGAGCAUGAAAUGACACAAUACUUUAAACAGUUUGGUGUUGUCACUAAUGCAAGAGUCAUUAGAUCCAAGAGAACUGGUCGUUCUAAGGGGCAUGCUUUUGUUGAAUUUAAGAGUCCUGAUGUAGCUCAGGUUGUAGCUGAAACUAUGAACAAUUAUUUAAUGGGGAAAAGAUUAAUAAAAUCUGUAUAUAUUCCACCGAAAGAUCAACGAAGAAAUGCUCGACGAAAGAAUUGGAAUGAUCAGAAUAACCCUGGAACCAUAAAAAAACUACAGAUGAAAAAGGCUUAUAAUUCUAUCAAAACAGGAAAUGAUGAUAUUAAAAUAGCAAACAAAUUGUUAUCCAAUUUAUCAAAUACAAAGAGUAAGCUUAAAGAAUUGGGCAUAGACUAUGAUUUUUUUACUCCAGUAGAUGUGCCAGAAGUGUUGUCUGACAAAGUGGUUAUAAAGAAAGAAAAUGACAAAGAUGCUCAAAAUGAAAUAGAAAAGAAAUCGGAGAAAAAAGGGCUUAAAAGGAAGUUAAAGGAGAAAGAUUCUAAUGUAUCUGAGGAAAAUAAUGAUAAAAAACAUAUAAAUGUAACAAUUGGUGAAGUAGAACAGGCAGAUGAAGAAGAAAAUAAAAAGUCUAAAAAGAAACAAAGGAAGCAGAAGAAAAAAAGUAAAACAAACAAUGACAAAUUAGGUUCAACUGUUAAUAAAGAAGGUAUUGCAAACAAUAAAGAAGAACAGACCGUAAAGGAAACUAAGAAGAAAAAUAAAAAAGCUGUUUUGUUGAAAAAAGUUGAAACUGAAGAUCAGCAUGGACAGAAACAACCAAAAGUGAAAAAUGCAGAAGUUAAACCUCCAGAAGAUUUUAUCAAGCUAGGCAAUGAACAGGAUGGAGACAGUGACAGUUCCUAUCAGUUUGACUCUGAUGAAUAUGAAAAUAUGAUAAACAAUGAUGAUUCUGAAGACAAUCUAAACAGCGGUAGUGGAGAUGAUGAAGGAUCCAAUGAUAAAAUUGUCCUUAAUAAGAAAAACAAAGGUGCGCCUGCGAAAAAUAAGAAUAAUAAAGGUAAAAAGAAUACAGUACAGACAGUAGACAUAAACAGACCGAGAUCUAGACAAGGGGAGCCAAAUAAGAGGAAAAUACCUGAAGGAGUUGCGGUGCAGCUUAAGAAAACUAAAUUUGAAAAGCAAAGUAAUAAAAAACUUCCAAAUAAACAAAUAAAGAAGAGAAAA